AUGGAGAACUACCAGAAAUUGGAGAAACUCGGAGAAGGAACAUAUGGAGUUGUUUACAAGGCUCGCGACCUUACCGUGCCCGGCCGGAUCGUGGCGUUGAAGAAGAUCAGACUCGAAGCCGAAGAUGAAGGAGUUCCUAGUACCGCCAUUCGCGAAAUCUCGUUGCUCAAGGAGAUGAACGACCCAAAUAUCGUCCGUCUCUUCAACAUCGUACAUGCGGAUGGCCACAAGUUGUAUCUGGUGAUGGAGUUCGUUGAUCUUGAUUUGAAGAAAUACAUGGAGUCACUGCCAGUCAGUGAUGGAGGUCGAGGCAAGCCCUUACCUGAGGGAUCUGGACUAGAUAUGGGUCGGUUGGGAAUGGGCGAGGCCAUGGUGAAAAAGUUCAUGAGCCAACUUUGCGAGGGUGUACGCUACUGCCACAGUCACCGAAUCCUACACCGCGACUUGAAGCCACAAAACCUGUUGAUCGAUAGGGAAGGCAACCUGAAGCUGGCAGACUUUGGUCUGGCGCGAGCUUUUGGAGUACCCCUUCGAACGUAUACCCAUGAGGUUGUCACAUUAUGGUAUCGAGCGCCCGAAAUUCUUCUCGGAGGUCGGCAGUACUCUACUGGUGUCGAUAUGUGGUCGGUGGGUUGUAUCUUUGCGGAGAUGUGCACAAAAAAGCCCCUUUUCCCUGGAGAUUCAGAGAUCGAUGAGAUCUUCAAGAUAUUCAAACUUCUAGGUACCCCAACAGAAAACGAGUGGCCUGGUGUAUCCGACAAGACCUGUUUUCCCGAUUUCAAGCCUUCAUUUCCAAAAUGGAAUCGCAACAUGGAUGUCAAAUUAUGCUCAGGUCUUGAUGACGCGGGACUCGACCUGUUGGAAAUGAUGUUGAUAUAUGAUCCGGCAGGACGUAUAUCGGCCAAGGCAUCCUGCCAGCAUCCGUACUUCGAGGAUGGUAGUUCUGCAUACUCUGGGCGAGGGCUUGGUCCCACCUACAGGAAUGGUUAUCACUGA